GCAUGACGAUUGGUUGGUUUGGUCGUUUAUAUCCUUGUGGAUGGGAACUUAAGUUACUUAUAUAAUGAUUUAAUCCUUGUAAAUGUUUUGUAUAGGCAGAUAAAAUGGCUUGGACCAGUGUAGGCGGGAUUGUAACCACAACUGCGGUUGGUGACUUCUUACUAGUGGCAUGUAUAGUGGUUGUCAUUAAAAGUUUUUUAAUCCCUGCUGUAAGAGGAUACCAGGAUGCUAAGAAACGAGCUAGGAGUGUUGGGGAAGUGAAGAAACACUGGUUGUAUGGGAGUGUUAAGAUGUUUCCACAAAAUGAAGAAGGUCUCAUGAAGAGAGUUGCUUCUAGUUUUGAGAAACCUGUCUGGACAGUGAAUUGGUUUGGUCCGUACAUAAGUGAAGUCGUAAUACAUCACGCAGAUCUUGCUAUUACUUUGUUGUCCAGCUCUGCUCCUAAAAACAACCUUGUAUAUGGUUUUUUUCAUCCUUGGAUUGGAGAUGGGUUACUUACAAGUAGUGGAAGAAAAUGGCAGCGAAACCGACAUCUACUCACCCCAGCAUUUCAUUUCAGUAUUCUUAAACCGUAUACCAAUGUAUCUAACGCUUGUGUAAGAGUUAUGCUGGAUAAAUGGAGCAAGAAAGUGGGGACAUCAAUGGAGAUUUACUUGGAUGUAAACCUUAUGACAUUAGACACCAUACUACAAUGUGCUAUGUCAACUAAAAGUGACUGUCAAAAUAGGAGUAAGAAGAACGAAUACAUUGAAGCAGUUCAUGAUGUUUCCAAAUACAUUAUGUCGCGAGUCCAUAAACCUUUGCUUCAUAUUGACUGGAUAUACUGGCUCACCGCUGAAGGAAGAAAGUUUAAACAGUUAGUAAAAGUUCUGCACGAUCAAUCAGAAAAGGUAAUCAGAGAACGGAGAAAAACUUUGGAAAAUAGGAAAUUUGAAGAAGAAAGUUCUGGGAAGAAACGCCUGGAUUUUCUUGAUAUUCUCUUGCAUACAAAGGAUGAAGAUGGAAAAGGAUUAAAUGAUUCUGAAAUAAGAGAUGAAGUUGAUACCUUCCUAUUUGCAGGCCAUGAUACUACAGCAAGUGGAAUAGCCUGGGCUUUGUAUAACCUUGCUGUCAAUGUGGAUUGUCAAGACAAAUGUCGGGAAGAAUUGAAAAGUGUGGUUGGUGAUAAAGAGAAUAUUGAAUGGGAGGAUUUAUCGAAGUUAAGUUAUCUCACGUUAUGCAUCAAAGAAAGUCUUCGUUUAUGUCCUCCUGUCCCAUUUAUCGGAAGGGAACUAAAUGAACCACUCAAGUUCCGAAGCAAACUUAAAGAACCAAAUGAAACAACGAUUGACGCAAACUCGAACAUCGCGCUUCACAUUUUUACACUGCAUAGGAAUGUUCAUGUCUGGGACUCUCCUGAGGAAUUUAUCCCAGAGAGAUUUAAACCAGAAAAUAUGAAGGGAAGGUCACCUCAUGCAUACCUACCUUUUUCUGCAGGUCCAAGAAACUGCAUCGGGCAAAACUUUGCGAUGAACGAAAUGAAGAUUGCUAUUGGACAAACCCUUCGUAAAUUCAAGGUGAUCCCGGAUGAAUCAUUCCCGAAACCUUCCAUUACACCUCAGGUGGUUCUUCGGCCAAAAGAUGGAAUCUUUAUAAAAUUAAUGGAGAUCUAA